AUGAUCAACUCCUGUCUUUCAUUGGAAGCAAGAACCGCCGACAACCCCAUGAGACAGCUGGAGGAGAAGAACUCACUGAUGCGCCACGCAUGGCUGGACUUCAGUUUUGAAGAAGGCGAGGAGGAAUAUGUCAGAGCUGCGGUCAAGAUUCUUGAGGCUUUGUCGUUGGGUAAUGGACCAUCAUUCGCGGAACUAGUCUCAUCAGACUCCUUGUACUCUACGCUCUGGGCCAGACCUGAGCAUUGUUUCUGCUUCGAUCCCAUCUCCUCCAACUCGGCAUCAUUGAGCCAUGGGAAUUCUAUGAGCGGCACGUUCACCGUCAUACGACCGGGUGCUUCAGCCCCUUUCAAUCUCGGAGCCCUGAUUGAUCAGGAACUCGACAGAGUAAUUGGGAAAGACAAUCGAUACCGCAGCAAUCCGGAAUUUCUCCGCCUGGAGUAUUCCUCUGCCUACGGCCAACGGGCUGCGUCUGACGGGUUGCACAUCUUUAGCAUCAGAGACAGAUGCCUUAUCACCAAAAGUCACAGUGAUAUGGAUGACCGCGGUCGGGUCACAUAUAUACGAGCAGCAGUCCGACUGCAACAGAGUGGAAUGGACGGAUUGGAUCAGAUUAAAUUUUUCACUCAACAUGAAGACUUUCUUUGGGACCGGUUUGGAAAUCCAGGGGACACAUGGUUCCUGCUUUACUGGAAGACCAAGCCGGGAUAUCGAGUUGGUGGACCGUCAGCAGAGCUGGCCGACUCGAGAAUCGAGGAGAAUAGUAAGGGCACUCAAGAUGAGUCUCGUCAUAUAAACGACUCUUCGAUGAGAGCUGAACAUGAGAGCGCCCUGAAGACAAAGAACAGCACAAGCUUUGCUGUUCCACACCAGAGCUCGUCGAAUCAGGGCCAUCAAAUCUUCUCACCUCGUCGUCCGCUGUCGGGCUGGGCACCUCCGAAGCGGACCCCCGACCCUGUCGCCCACAUACCCAUGACAGGAAACGAUCUCUCCAGCGCGACGAAAGAAACGCCAACGUCAUCUGCGGGCACUGCUCAGCUCUCGGCCAUGGCUUGA